UCCUUUCUCUUCAAAACAAAAUAUUCUCUAGGAUUUAUAAUUCCAGAGUAUAUUCAAAGUUGGAAAAAUCAAAACACUGUGAUUCUACUAUCUACUAUACGAUGGGUGAGGUCAGUCAGAAGAAGGAAGAAACGGCGACGAAGCCUGAAGGAGAGAAGAAGCCAGUCAACGUCACAGUCAUGAAGCUUGAUAUGCAUUGCGAAGGUUGUGGCAAGAAAAUCAAACGACUAUUGAAACAUUACAAAGGCGUUGAAGACGUGAAGAUUGAUUAUAAAGACAACAAAAUGACGGUGGUCGGGAACGUAGAUGCAGAGGCAGUUCGGGAUAAAGUCGCCGAGAGAAUUAAGAGAAAGGUCGAAAUCGUGUCUCCCAAGAAAGAGGCUUCUCCUCCUCCUUCAAGCGGUGAAAAGAAGGUGGCGGAUGAGAAGCCUGCCGAGAAGAAGCCCGCCGAUGAGAAACUCGCCGGCGACAAAAAAGAAGAUAAGAAGAAAGAAGAAGGAGCGAAGACAGCUCCUCCUCCUGCUCCACCAAAAGAGAGUACGGUGGUUCUGAAGACUAAAUUACAUUGCGAAGGCUGCGAACACAAAAUCAAAAGAAUAGUCAACAAGAUUAAGGGGGUUAAUUCAGUUGCCAUUGAUAACGCCAAAGACUUGGUGAUAGUGAAGGGGAUCAUUGACGUUAAACAACUCACUCCUUAUCUGAACGAGAAGCUUAAACGCAACGUCGAAGUUGUUCCACCGAAAAAAGAAGAGGGAACCACCGCGGCAGCGGCGACGGCUCCAACUCCAGCUCCAGCUGGUGGGGAGAAGAAGGAUAAAGAUGCUGGUGAAAAGAAAGAGAGCAAAGAUGUCGGAGAAAAGAAGGAUGGUGGUGAAAAGAAAGAGAGCAAAGAUGUGGGGAAAAAGAAAGACGGUGGUGGUGACAAGAAGAAAGAAGUUUCCCCAGCCGGAGGCGGAGAAGGUGGUGCUACGGUGGAUGUGAAGAAAUCGGAGUAUGGCGGUUAUGGCUAUCCACCUCAGCCCAUGUAUUACUACCCACCAGGACAAAUGUACGGUCAACACUACAUGAUGCAAGGUCAAUCAUCUCAAUCGUAUGUACAAGAACCGUAUACUAACCAAGGAUAUGUACACGAAUCGUAUACGAAUCAAAGAUACGGCCAAGGGUAUGGACAAGAAGCACCACAACCGUAUAUGAACCAUCAAGGGUAUGCAGAUCCUUAUGCUCAUAUGCGUGCUCCUCAGAUGUUUAGUGAUGAGAAUCCAGAAGGAUGUUCUGUUAUGUGAGUAAAAUGGGAGGAGAAUAAAUUGUAAAUAACUAAGAAAGGUAGAUAUGGUAAAAUUAUAUCUUAACCGGUGAAACUGGCCCGGGUAUAACCGGUUUUUGAGAGAAAUGGGUUGGAUGUUGGUUUACUCUACCGAUUAUACAUAUAAAUAUAGUUUCCUUCUACUAUAA